AUGUGGGAUAUCAACACUGUUAAUAUAUUUUUUUCAUCAGCUAUACCUGAAACCAAAAUGAACAAGAUCUUUGCCGUCGUUCAUUGUUUGGCCUUUGCCUCCAUGGCCUUGGCUGGUAACCCCUUGAUGAUGGGUGGUUUAGGCAUGAUGAACCCCUACAUGAUGGGCAUGAUGAACCCCUAUAUGAUGGGUAUGAUGAACCCCUACAUGAUGGGUAUGGGAGGUUUAGGUAUGAUGGGAAUGAUGAACCCCUACAUGAUGGGAUAUGGUGGACUCGGUAUGCUCGGUGGUUACGGUAUGAUGGGAGGUCUUGGUAUGAUGGGUAAAAAAUAAGGUUCCAGGCAUCAGUAUAAUAAGUAAUUGAAAAUUGAAAAUAAAUAUUUUUUUACAAAAUAAAACGAA